AUGGAUUCUAAAGACGAAAAAGUUAACACAGUCGUCUCCGUAGAGAGAGGCUCUGUGGAAGAUACUGAAGCUGGCUUCAAAAAUGAAACCUUCUUACAGAAGCUUAUAAGAUGGGUAGAAGUCCAACCCAAGGGUGAAUUGACUCACUCUCAGAUGUUCCUUUACAAUCAUGAUUUGCGUCCAGUUGAAGCUGAAAGACGUCAAUGGGCUUGGUACAACUACGUCUUCUUCUGGAUUGCUGAUUCCUUCAAUAUUAAUACAUGGCAGAUUGCAGCAACUGGAAUUCAACUGGGAGGUAUGAAUUGGUGGCAGACAUGGAUUUCUGUUUGGAUAGGUUAUACAAUUACUGGAUUAUUUGUAUCACAGGCUGCCAGAGUUGGUAUAUUCUAUCACAUUUCCUUCCCUGUUUCUGUACGAUCUGCGUUUGGAAUUUAUGGCUCCCUCUGGCCAGUCCUCAACAGAGUGGUUAUGUCUGCUGUUUGGUAUGCAGUUCAAUGUUCAGUGGCUGGUCCAUGCUUUGAGGUCAUGUUGAGAUCAAUAUUUGGCCAAAAUCUAGACAAGACGAUGGCUAAUGGCAUUAGUGAUCCUGACUUGACUACCUUUAAAUUCUUAAGUUUCUUCUUGUUCUGGCUUUUCUCCUUGCCAUUCCUUUGGUUUCCACCUCAUAAGGUUAGACACUUAUUCACAGUCAAAGCCUAUGUUGUUCCAGUUGCAGGUAUCGCAUUCUUGGUAUGGACUAUUGUCAAGGCAGGAGGCAUCGGUCCCGUGGUUCAUACUCCAGCUACAGCUCAAGGAAGUAAGUUGGGUUGGGCAUUUGUUACAUCCACAAUGAACUGCUUGGCUAAUUUCGCAACGUUAAUCACUAAUGCGCCUGACUUCUCUCGUUUUGCUACGAAGCCAUCCUUCAGUAUGAAAUAUUUAGUCUACUCUCUUUCUAUUCCAUUGUGCUUCUCUCUAACAUCCUUAAUCGGAAUCUUGGUCACCUCAGCAUCUCAGUCCAUGUACGGGGAGGCAUACUGGUCUCCAAUAGAUGUUCUAGGAAGAUUCUUGGACAACUACACAUCUGGUAACAGAGCUGGUGUAUUUUUGAUUGGACUUGCAUUUGCAUUGGCCCAAUUAGGAACCAACAUUAGUGCCAAUUCACUUUCUUUUGGUACCGAUGUCACAGCUUUAUUGCCUAGAUUCAUGAGUAUUAGACGGGGAAGCUACUUGUGUGCUGCUGUUGCACUUUGUAUCUGUCCAUGGAAAUUGACUUCUUCUUCUUCCAUGUUCACGACUUAUUUAUCUGCUUACUCCGUUUUCCUUUCAUCUAUUGCUGGUGUAGUAGCUUGCGACUAUUACUAUCUCAGAAGAGGUCGUAUUUUCUUGACUCACUUAUACUCGAUGACGGCACCAGAAUCUGCACUUCCUUCUGUCUACAAGUACAAUUUCAUUGGGUGCAAUUGGAGAGCUUAUGCUGCCUAUAUAGGCGGCAUCAUGCCCAACAUUGUUGGUUUUGUUGGUGCCACUGAGACUCAUAAGGUCCCCAUUGGAGCCACCAGAGUUUAUGACUUAAACUUCUUUGCUGGCUUCUUUUCAGCAUUCAUUUUGUACUACUUAUUGUCUUAUUACUUUCCAGUUUCUGGAGUUCCUGCUGUUGGUCCAUUCGAGAAAGGAUGGUUCGAGAUAAAUGCCCAUGUAGAGGAUUUCGAGGAAGAGUUGGCAGGCAACAUUAUUAAUCCUGAAGAUACUCCUGAAGGUGCAUUUACUUCUAUUUCAUAUGCUUCUGGUAGUAUGAAGUGA